AGUUAGCUAAUAUAUUUAUACACACGUACGUACACUGUAUAGAAGCAAAAGGCUAGAGAGAGAGAGAGAAUUCAAUUGAUCAUCUACAUUCCGUGUUCCUAAGAUUCACGAUAUAAUUCAAAAUUGAAGAACUGGAUUGGUUUAUGCAAAAUCACGGAUUAAUUUGGAUUUGAGAAACAUAAUGCCAGAAAUUGUUGGGAUUCACGAUCACGAAAGAACAAAAAGAUAUUAUUUUGAGGCAUCUGAGGAUGAGAAGAGAAGAACUCGAAUCAGAUCUUUGAAAAAAAAGGCAAUGAGUGCUUCUACAAAGCUAACGCAUUCGCUCAAAAGACGUAGUAAACGAGUCGCUCAUUGCCGAUUUGCUUCCAUUUCAACGGAAGAUUUUCGAGACGAGAAAGAAGAGGAGGCAGUGAAUUCAUUUCGCCAGGCCUUGAUAGAAAAGGAUCUCCUUCCGGCUCGUCAUGAUGACUAUCAUACUAUGUUGAGGUUCCUAAAAGCAAGGAAAUUUGACCUUGAUAAGGCCAUGCUAAUGUGGUCUGAAAUGCUCAACUGGAGGAAAGAACAAGGAGUAGACACGAUUAUAGAGGAUUUUGCCUAUGAGGAAUAUGAGGAAAUUCAGCGUUAUUACCCUCAUGGUUACCAUGGUGUAGACAGAGGAGGACGACCCGUCUAUAUUGAAAGACUUGGCAAGAUUGAACCUACUAAACUUAUGAAUGUUACCACAAUAGAAAGGUUCUUAAAGUAUCAUAUCCAAGGGUUUGAAAGGACUUUUGCUGAAAAAUUUCCAGCAUGUUCGAUCGCAGCUAGGAGGCAUAUAGAUUCAUCUACUACAAUCUUGGAUGUACAAGGACUGAAUUGGCGGAGUUUUGGGAAACUUGCCCAUGAUUUGGUCAUGCGCAUGCAAAAGAUAGAUGGUGACAACUAUCCAGAGACAUUGCACCAGAUGUUUAUUGUCAAUGCUGGAAAUGGAUUCAGAUUUCUAUGGAAUACUGCAAAAGGAUUUCUUGAUCCAAAGACAACAGCAAAAAUUCAUGUACUGGGAAACAAAUUCCAGAGCAACUUAGCAGAAGUCAUAGACCCCAGCCAAUUGCCAGAUUUUCUUGGAGGAACCUGCUCAUGCCCAAAUCCAGAUGGGUGUCUUAGGUCUGAUAAAGGACCCUGGAAUGAUCCAGAGCUGAUGAAGCUGGUCCAUGCAUUACAUGGUGAAGCACUUUAUCCCAGGAGAAUUACAAGCUUCUCCGAUAGUGAUAUCGAAAUCAAACCAGUUUCUCCACAGUUACUACGCAAUGAGAUUGGUUCGGCAGAAUCUGAAGUGGAAGUGGGGGUCUCGGCUUACAGUAUCAUGCAAUCAAAACAACUUUCAGACAAAGUACCAACUAGGAGAUCUGUUUCAUUUGGCAGCUUAGUUCAAGAAGAUUAUGGCCUUAUGCUUACAGAUGAACAUUUGAAUUCUCCAAAUAGAGCUACUGUAUCAGUACAAAGAAGGUCGCCUGAGAAAUCCAUCUUUAGCUUGAUGAUUAAUAUGAUGGUCAAAUCACUUGCAUGGAUAUGCUUCUUGUUUCAUGGGGUGGGUAGGUUAUUUGUGAAGAAUAGUGAUGCAAACAGAUUGAGAAAUGGACGGGUAUCAGUGAAUGCAAGUUCAGCCGAGCAAAAUGUUUCUUCCCCGAAAAAGGAGGAUCUCCUCCAUCCAUGCUGUCAGAGGUUGCAACAUUUAGAGAACGUCGUAGCUGAUUUGUUGAAGAAACCAACCAAAAUUCCUCCAGAAAAAGAGCUCAUGCUGCUUGAUUCAAUGGACCGCAUAAAGUUCAUAGAGUAUGACUUGCAGAGGACGAAGAAAGCACUACUUGCAACAGCAUCGCAACAAGUAGAGCUUGCUGAAUCCAUGGAAUCUUUGAAGGAGAACAAAUUGAAAGUGACAAACUCAUGUUGGCGGAGAGGCAGGCCUUCACAAUACAAAACCUGAUUUGGGUGGGAACAGCAUUGAUGUCUUAGGUUGAUCUUUAGAUGUGUCAACAAUUUGGAUUCAAUCCUGGUAUAUACUCGAGACGAAGUUUGCAGGUAAAAGGACCAUGCCGGAAAUAUACACAAUGGGCUUUCGAGUUGGUGAUUGAGUAAGCUUUGCUAGAAUGUUGCACUCUGCCUCAUUUUUCUUUAGAGGCGGGAGCGUGAUGUUAUAGUUGGAUUGCAUUCUUAUUUGUACAUAAUUGACGUGUGAGCAACUAGUUUUGGACAUCACUUACAUAUUUUCUGUACAGAACGACCGCGAAUUUAAUGCAUAGCUAACAAAUUUGUUGUCUGAGAUUCUCAAAUUUGUUAUGAAAAUAUUGCUUAGCAACUUCCACUUAAA